CCUCGUUUCCCAUCAACCCCCCCCUCUCUCUCCCCAUCACUUGUUCACUACUGACACUCCAAGCCCUCUCAAAACCCUAAAAAAAAUAAUUCCCAAAUCCUAAUUUUUUCACUUAGACCACUCCUCAGUUUGUUUUUUCACUCAAGGAAAUUUCUUGUUCUUCUCUCUCAUUUCAAUUCCUCUUUUACAAAAUUUUGUAAUUCUAGGUUUUUUUUUUAAUUAUUUUUUGAAAUUAGGGUUUUUUCAUUGUUGGGUUACGUGCACGAAUUGGAGAGGUAUCAGUGAUUUGUUGAGUAAAUGGAGGCGACGGCCGGAGUAGCGGCAGCCUCACGAGGUGGUUCGUUGUCGAGGAAGGAGUGGCGAGCGGUUACGGAGCAGCAGCACCGGAAUGGUGGUGGUGGAGAUGAGAACUUGGAACAGUCAAAGCUGGGGCAAUCAGAUGAGAGAACAAUAUAUGAGGUGCAGCAUGGAAGAGGGCCUGCUGAUGUGGACUUUUGUUCGAUCACAGUGGAUGAGGGUUUAGAUGAUGACAUUUUGCAGCAGCGAAUUCACAGCAUUACUAGACAAAGAGAAGAGUUGCAGCAGCUGGAGACUGAGCUCAGAGCUCAAUUGAUUGCGAGGUCUGAGAUUAUGGAAAUGCAGAACAGAUUCCAUGCUCAAAUCCAAGAACAUGAAAAUGCUGCCGCAAAGCUUCAGGAACAACUGCAUGAAAGGGGACAGACCAUACAUGACUUGGACAGGAGAAUGGAAGAAAAAGACAGGGAACUGCAUGCUAUUAAAUUAGAUAAUGAAGCGGCCUGGGCUAAAGAGGAUCUUCUCAGAGAACAAAAUAAAGAACUAGCUACAUUCAGAAGAGAGCGUGAUCAUUCUGAAGCUGAAAGAGCACAGCAUAUACAGCAAUUGCGCGACCUUCAAGAACAUAUUCAAGACAAGGAAAGGCAGAUUCUGGAGUUGCAGGAACAGCAUAGGGCUGAUCAGGAGACCAUUUAUUUGAAGGAUGAACAAUUGAAAGUUUGGAUUGCACGUGUUCAGGAGAUGGAUGCCUUGCAAUCUAAUGCCAACCAUUCCUUACAAGCUGAAUUGAGAGAACGCACAGAACAGUACAAUCAGCUUUGGCUUGGUUGUCAAAGACAGUUUGCAGAGAUGGAGAGAAUUCAUAUGCAUACCAUACAACAACUUCAGUUGGAGCUAGCUGAUGCCAGAGGAAGGAGUGGAUCUUACACAGAUGAGUCACACCUAUCUCAAUCAAACCCAAAGGAUGUGUCAAGCUUUAGCCAGAACAAUGGAAGGCAACUAGAUGUAAAUGGAACUACUGCCUCCAAUGCUAAUAAUGGAGCAUUGCAAAAUGGGAAUGCAGAUAAUGCCCUGUCUUUUGCGUCAACUGUAAAUGUACCAAAUCAGACCAGCCAUGCUGCUGGUGUUCCAAUGGCUCCAACGUCCUUACUCGGGAUUCCAACCUACCUUCCACCUGGGCAGGUGGCUGCACUCCACCCGUUCAUUCUGCAUCAACAGGGGAUUCACCAUUCUAUGACAUCACAUGCUCCCCAAUCUCAUGCUGGGCAUUUUCACUCAAUACCAGCAGUGUCAUCUCUCCCACAGUGGCAGAAUCAACAGGCUGUAACAGAGAGUGCACAAUUAUCUACGCAGAAUCAACUUGCAUCAUCUCAAACUGAUCAUGAUCCUAUGAGGUCAGAUGUAAAGUAUGACUAUGAAAGGCCUGUUAACGGCCACAACUUCCAUCCAGACUAUCUAGAUGUUCAUAUCAGUCAAGGAGCAGAGCCUGAUCCUGUAAUCUUAUCAUCCACAGGGGAAUCACAGGUUCUGGAGUCGAUUGAUAGAAGUUACCUGGUCACUCCUCAACCUGAGCAGAGCCUGCAAGAGAUUUCUUCCCAAUUUAGUGAUGCCUUGAGAUUGAAUACUCUUGAACAGACUAUUGAAAUGAAGGAUCAAAAUGUUUUGAACUUCAAUAACCAGGGGCUAGAGGACCAAGCUUUGACAGAAGAGCAGGCUAGUUCUGCUGCCAGUGCAUCACUCUCUGAAACAUCUGUGCAUUCAGUUAAUGUCAGUGAAACCACAAUCAACAAUGGCACUGGUGCUGUAUCAUCUAAAGCAUUUAUCUCAUCUGACCAGACAAAUGUGGUCACCGGAGGAAAAACUUCAGACACUCCUCUCCUUGACGAACGAUCUCUCUUGGCUUGCAUAGUUCGCACUAUUCCAGCUGGUGGUAGAAUUCGGAUCAAUUCAACGCUACCAAAUAGACUUGGCAAGAUGCUUUCUCCUUUGCAUUGGCACGAUUACAAGAGAAAAUAUGGAAAGCUAGAUGACUUUGUGGGUGGUCACCCAGAAUUGUUUUUGAUUGAGGGUGACUAUAUCCAGCUUCGGGAAGGAGCUCAAGAAAUGAUAGCUGCUACAGCAGCUGUUGCUAAAGUUGCUGCUGCUGCUGCAGCAGCAGCAUCUCCUUACUCGUCAUUUUUGCCUUCUGUGGCAGUUACUCCCAUGGCACAAUCUCAUCGACUUAAGAAGGCUCCGUCAAUUGAAUCCAAAUCUUCAAAUGGUGUUAAUUUUGGGGUUGCUAAAGGCAUCUCCAAUGUUAAAAUUCUGAGCAUUUCGAAAGAUUCUCAUGAGCUGAAUAGGCAAGAUUUUGAUAGAUCAGGCGGAAGCAGUACUCAAAGCAAGGGCUCAAUUCAUGGGACAACUAACUCAAUUUAUUCUGGAAAACAGCAGAGCAGGACAACCGGGGCUGCAUUAACUUCUAGAAGAUAGUAUGGAGGCAGUGAUCAAUGUAUAAAUGAACUUAUGGAGUUAAUUGGUGUGCAGAUCGGGCAUAUAUGGGAGUGAUCUGCAGUAGAAUGGUGCUCUUGCUGUAACUGCCAGCCAUCUUUUGCUUCUUAUAGAAUCCACCAUGGACUUGGCUGAUUUUUUUUAAAAAUCCUUUCUAAUCUUAUGCUUUUGGAAAAACUGCUUUCUCUUUUAUGUGUGUUUAUGAUACCAAAGAUUACACAUUCAACUUUCUGCUUUGAUAUUCAUGCACACAAUUGCAUCUGUGCAUUUGAUAGCCUA